AUGGCUUCGCCCGAAGUCAUCUACCUCGCCCGAGCCCUCUCGCGGGUUCUGGGAUGGACAUACUUCAUGUGCUGGUCAGGCUCGUUCUAUCCCCAGCCGCUCAUGAACUGGCGGCGGAAGUCGACGCUUGGCUUCGGCAUCGACUUUCCUACUCUCAACAUUCUUGGCUUCGCUGCAUACACCAUCUCUACCGCGGCGACCUUGUGGUCGCCCACCAUCCGGGCACAGUACGCGGCUCGGUAUCCGGUCGCUCCGGAGCCCACCGUCCGCUUCAACGAUUUUGCCUUUGCGUUGCAUGCCAUCAUCUUGUCCAUCAUCAUCUACAGCCAGUUUUGGCUGAAGGCUUGGGGCUUCAAGGUCGGCGCAGACCAGAAGAUGAGCUCUUUGGCUAAAGGGAUUUUCUGGGGCAAUAUCCUCGGAGUGCUCUUUGUGAUUCUUAUGGUCUUGGCCAAGGGCAAAGACGGUGGAAAUGAUGCAAGUGGCUGGGCGUGGAUUGAUGUGAUUUACGCCAUUGGAUACGUCAAGCUCGUAGUGACCAUCGUUAAAUACGUUCCACAAGUGUGGUUAAACUACAAGCGCAAAUCCACUGUGGGAUUUAGUAUUGGUGGAAUGCUACUGGACUUCUCGGGCGGUAUUUUGUCCAACUUACAGUUGAUCAUCGACUCAUCUCUGGAAGCCGACUGGUCUGGAAUUACCGGGAACCCUGUCAAGUUCGGCCUCGCAAACGUCAGCAUCAUAUUCGAUGUUAUAUUCAUUGUGCAGCAUUACGUGGUGUAUAGACACGCAAGAGAGGCCGAAGAAACGGACGUGGAAUCCAGCGGCGAACGACGACAUUUGUUGAGCGCCGAAUCGUAA